AUGGAUAUGGUUACAGUGGCCCAGCUCAGGGAAGGUGCCGUUCCUGUCGCGGCUCGUCCAGUGAAGAACAAUGCAGAAGCCAAUGGCAACGACGACGGUGAUGGCAAUCCCAAAGCAAAGAAACGGAGGAUCAACUACGGCAAGAUGUGGUGUCCCUACUGCGGAAAGAAGGGGCACGUUUCCAAGGCUAGCAAGAAGUGCACUGCUGACUUGGCUUCCCCUCAAAAGUACAACAAAGCUGAUGGCUCUGAAUUGGUUGUUGUCACUCCUGGAGGAGCUGCAGCAACUACCCCCAUUGCUGCUGCUGCUACAACACCCUCUAGUGCUACAAAUGAUGAUGCUGUGGAGGUUGGAUUGUGGGACCAGUUGCCCUUGGAAUCCACCAACGAAGAGGAUGAACAGGACGAUUUGACCAACGCCAUCUAA